GCUAUUCAUUCUGUUGCUUGGCAUCACGAAGGGAAACAGUUCAUGUGCAGUCACUCUGAUGGCAGCUUGACCCUAUGGAAUCUGAAAAGUCCUAACAGACCAUUCCAGACCACAAUUCCACAUGGAAAAAUUCAGAGAGAUGGAAAAAAACCUGAAUCUUGUAAACCCAUUCUUAAAGUAGAGUACAAGACCUGUAAAAACAGUGAACCAUUUGUGAUAUUUUCUGGUGGAUUGUCAUAUGAUAAGGCUUGUCGAAGACCAAGUUUAACAAUCAUGCAUGGGAAAGCAAUUACAGUUCUUGAAAUGGAUCACCCUAUAGUUGAUUUUUUAACUCUCUGUGAAACCCCAUAUCCAAAUGAAUUUCAAGAACCUUAUGCUGUGGUUGUGCUUUUGGAAAAAGAUCUUAUUGUUGUUGACCUGACACAAAGCAAUUUUCCAAUCUUUGAAAAUCCAUAUCCUAUUGACAUUCAUGAGUCACCUGUUACCUGCACAGAAUAUUUUGCGGACUGUCCUCCAGAUCUGAUUCCUGUACUCUAUUCUGUAGGAGCAAAACAUAAAAAGCAAGGAUACAGCAAUAAGGAGUGGCCUAUCAGUGGUGGAGCAUGGAACCUUGGAGCUCAGACAUAUCCUGAAAUCAUUAUUACAGGCCAUGCAGAUGGAUCAGUAAAGUUUUGGGAUGCUUCUGCCAUUACUCUACAGAUGUUGUACAAAUUAAAAACAUCAAAGGUCUUUGAAAAACAGAAACUGGGAGAAGGAAAAGCAACAGCUGAGAUUGUGGAAGAAGAUCCUUUUGCUGUUCAGAUGAUGUGCUGGUGUCCUGAAAGCCGAAUUUUCUGUGUGGCAGGAGUUUCUGCAUAUGUGGUCGUUUACAGGUUCAGCAAACAUGAAGUAAAUACUGAAAUUGCAUCAUUAGAGGUACGACUUCAGUAUGAAGUAGAAGAUAUCAUUACUCCUGAACCGGAAAUAAUUCCUCCAUUUCCAGAUGCCUCCUCCCAGUUUCCUUCUUUAAAGAGCCUUUCAGGCAGUACCAACACUGUAGCAUGCGAAGGUACGAUGAAGGAUAGUAUCCCAUGUCUUAGUGUUAAGACUCGACCUGUGCGAAUGCCUCCUGGAUACCAAGCAGAUCUCGUAAUUCAGUUGGUGUGGGUGGAUGGUGAGCCUCCACAGCAGAUUACCAGUCUUGCUGUGAACUCUGCCUAUGGACUGUAA